GGGUUGCGCAAUCAGCAAUGCAUUGUGGGAAGCAAAAUGGUGACCCCCAUGGAUCAUACGUUCACAAUGUUGACAUCUGUGGAGUGUUCGUAAUUGCGUUUUAAUCUGCUAAUGUGGUUUUCAUCGCGGGUUAACGAAUCUGCUGGUAUUAAUUGUAUAUAAUGCAUCAUCUAAGUUUGUUUUUAGGCGUCGUGAACGCUACAUUAAUGAAGCAGCAGGCUGUAAAGACGUUCCUCGCGUUCGCAUCGGUGAGGAGGACCUUGGUUUGGAAUAACCUAAAUACAAUACACCGGACUUACAGUAAAGAUCAGUCGAAGGCUGGGUCGGGAAAUUUUAUUUGCUACCGAUUGCAGCACAGAGCUGUAGUUAAAAUCCAUGGCCGUGACAGAAAUUCCUUUCUUCAAGGAAUCAUUACAAAUGACAUGGAACAACUGGAUGAAGAACGAUGCAUGUAUGCACACAUGUUGAAUGUACAGGGGAGGACGCUCUAUGAUAUAAUCCUCUACAGUUUGACAGAAACAUCCACUGAACCUAGUCUUUUACUUGAGUGCGACAGCUCAGUAAAAGACACCCUCAUGAAGCAUCUAAAGGUGUAUAAAAUCAGACGAAAGGUGAGCCUUGCCCCCUGUCCUGAGCUGGCCAUAUGGACAUUGUUACCAGUGGACAAGGACAGUUCACCAAGCACACCGGCUAUUACUGCCAACAAAGACGACGUUGUGCUUGAGAAGGACCCAAGAACUGAACUGAUGGGGUGGAGACUCAUUCUGAACCAUGAAGUCAACCCAAAGGACAUUGUGUCCUCCGCUGAAGACGGUGACCCAGAGGAUUACCACAGGCACCGCUACAGUAUUGGUCUGCCAGAGGGUGUGGAUGAUCUUCCUCCUGGUGUAGCCCUGCCACUGGAGUCCAACCUGGUGUACAUGAACGGCAUCAGCUUCAGGAAAGGAUGCUACAUUGGCCAGGAGCUAACAGCCCGCACCCACCACACGGGCGUGGUCCGCAAGCGCCUCAUGCCCGUGUGUCUGUCGGCUCCAGUCGACGAGCAGGGGAAGGGGGCGUCGCUGCAGACAAACUCUGGCAAAGCUGCCGGGAAGUACAGAGCUGGCAAAGGGGAACUAGGACUGAGUCUGGUCCGCCUGGCCAACGCCAAAGAGCCACUAGAACUGAAGCCAUCUGCAGAUGGAGACACUGUGAGUCUGAAGGCCAGCGUGCCCCAAUGGUGGCCAGACGAAGCCAAGUAAGCCAAAGGAAAUAUUACUACACAACAAAGUGCAAGGCAAUGAAGCACUAGAAUCAGCAUCACAGAAUCAUCGCAGGCAGUGAUUUUAGCGCCAUGAUAAAAAAAAAUGUGGUAGCUAUUGUAACACUUCUUCUUCACUCCACACAAACAACCACACACUAGAUACUUAAUUUAAUUUAUUUAGGUAAUGAAACUUGAAAGAGGUUUGUUCACAUGUGUGUAUUCUAAGUUUUCAACAGAAAUAACUUAUAUUGUCUUGAAUAAUAAACAUUUUGCCAUAACUGUU